GCAAUAUGGCUGGUGCGGGGCGCGCGGGGUGUCGCCGGCGGCGGGAGGAGCUCCCCGGAGCCCCCGCGCUCGCCGCCCGCUGCUAGUUAUGGCAAAUGGUGGCGGCGAGGGCGGCCGAGGCGGCGGGCUUAGAAUGAGCAGCAGCAUCCACGCGGACCAUCUCAGCCUAGACGCGUCCUCCUCCUCCUCCACCUCCUCCACCUCCUCCUCCUCCUCUUCGUCCUCGUCCUCCUCCUCCUCCUCGUCCUCCUCGUCGUCGUCCUCCUCCUCUUCUUCCUCCUCUUCCUCCUCGGCGGCGGUCCACGAGCCCAAGAUGGAUGCGCUCAUCAUCCCGGUGACCAUGGAGGUGCCGUGCGACAGCCGUGGCCAGCGCAUGUGGUGGGCUUUCCUGGCGUCGUCCAUGGUGACUUUCUUCGGGGGCCUCUUCAUCAUCCUCCUCUGGCGGACGCUCAAGUACCUGUGGACCGUUUGCUGCCACUGCGGGGGCAAGACCAAGGAGGCCCAGAAGAUCAGCAAUGGCUCCAGUCAGGCAGAUGGGACACUCAAGCCCGUGGACGAAAAGGAGGAAGCAGUGGCAGCUGAGGUCGGCUGGAUGACAUCAGUGAAGGACUGGGCGGGCGUGAUGAUCUCUGCCCAGACCCUGACAGGCAGAGUCCUGGUUGUCUUGGUCUUUGCUCUCAGCAUUGGUGCACUUGUAAUAUACUUCAUAGAUUCUUCCAACCCCAUAGAAUCCUGCCAGAAUUUCUACAAAGAUUUCACAUUACAGAUCGACAUGGCUUUCAACGUCUUCUUCCUUCUCUACUUUGGCUUGCGGUUUAUUGCAGCCAAUGAUAAGCUUUGGUUCUGGCUGGAAGUGAACUCCGUAGUCGAUUUCUUCACAGUUCCCCCCGUGUUUGUGUCUGUGUAUUUAAACAGAAGUUGGCUUGGCCUCAGAUUUUUAAGAGCUCUCAGACUGAUACAGUUUUCAGAAAUUUUGCAGUUUCUGAAUAUCCUGAAAACAAGCAAUUCCAUCAAGCUGGUGAAUCUUCUCUCCAUAUUCAUCAGCACGUGGCUGACAGCAGCUGGGUUCAUCCAUCUGGUGGAGAAUUCAGGGGAUCCAUGGGAGAAUUUUCAGAACAACCAGGCUCUCACCUAUUGGGAAUGUGUCUACUUGCUCAUGGUCACCAUGUCCACCGUCGGUUAUGGGGAUGUUUAUGCAAAAACCACACUUGGGCGCCUCUUCAUGGUCUUCUUCAUCCUCGGGGGACUGGCCAUGUUUGCCAGCUACGUCCCUGAAAUCAUAGAGUUGAUAGGAAACCGCAAGAAAUACGGAGGUUCCUAUAGCGCGGUUAGUGGGAGAAAGCACAUUGUGGUCUGUGGACACAUCACCCUGGAGAGUGUUUCCAACUUCUUGAAGGACUUUCUGCACAAGGAUCGCGAUGAUGUCAAUGUGGAGAUUGUCUUUCUUCACAACAUUUCUCCAAACCUGGAGCUGGAAGCAUUGUUCAAGCGACACUUCACUCAGGUGGAGUUUUAUCAGGGCUCAGUCCUCAAUCCACAUGAUCUGGCUAGAGUCAAGAUAGAGUCAGCAGAUGCGUGUCUCAUCCUUGCCAAUAAGUAUUGUGCUGACCCGGAUGCUGAAGAUGCUUCUAACAUCAUGAGAGUAAUCUCCAUAAAGAACUACCACCCGAAGAUAAGAAUCAUCACUCAGAUGCUGCAGUACCACAACAAGGCCCAUCUGCUAAACAUUCCAAGCUGGAAUUGGAAAGAGGGUGAUGAUGCGAUCUGCCUCGCGGAGCUCAAGCUGGGGUUCAUAGCCCAGAGCUGCCUGGCCCAAGGCCUCUCCACCAUGCUCGCCAACCUCUUCUCUAUGAGGUCAUUCAUAAAGAUUGAGGAAGACACAUGGCAGAAGUAUUAUUUGGAAGGUGUUUCCAAUGAAAUGUACACAGAGUAUCUUUCCAGUGCCUUCGUGGGUCUGUCCUUCCCUACUGUUUGUGAGCUAUGUUUUGUGAAGCUCAAGCUCCUAAUGAUAGCCAUUGAGUACAAGUCGGCCAACCGUGAAAGCCGUAUUUUAAUUAAUCCUGGAAAUCAUCUUAAGAUCCAAGAAGGUACAUUAGGAUUUUUCAUUGCAAGUGAUGCCAAAGAAGUUAAAAGGGCAUUUUUUUACUGCAAGGCCUGUCAUGAUGACAUCACGGAUCCCAAAAGAAUAAAAAAAUGUGGCUGCAAACGGCCCAAGAUGUCCAUCUACAAGAGAAUGAGACGGGCAUGUUGUUUUGAUUGCGGACGUUCUGAGCGUGACUGCUCAUGCAUGUCAGGCCGUGUGCGUGGUCACAUGGACACCCCUGAGCCAGCAUUCCCACUUUCUUCUGUCUCUGUUAAUGAAUGGUCCACCAGUUUCCAUGCCUUUGAAGACGAGCAGCCAUCGACACUGUCUCCCAAAAAAAAGCAACGCAAUGGAGGCAUGAGGAAUUCCCCCAGCACCUCGCCCAAGCUGAUGAGGCAUGACCCUUUGUUAAUUCCUGGAAAUGAUCAGAUUGACAACAUGGACUCAAACGUGAAGAAAUAUGACUCCACAGGGAUGUUUCACUGGUGCGCACCCAAAGAAAUAGAGAAGGUCAUCCUGACUCGAAGUGAAGCAGCUAUGACUGUCCUUAGUGGCCACGUGGUGGUAUGCAUCUUCGGUGAUGUCAGCUCAGCCCUCAUUGGCCUCCGGAACCUUGUGAUGCCUCUUCGUGCCAGCAACUUCCACUACCACGAGCUCAAACAUAUUGUGUUUGUGGGGUCCAUUGAGUACCUCAAGCGAGAAUGGGAGACACUUCACAACUUCCCCAAGGUGUCCAUAUUGCCUGGUACACCAUUAAGUCGGGCUGACUUAAGAGCCGUCAACAUCAACCUCUGUGACAUGUGUGUGAUCCUGUCUGCCAAUCAGAAUAAUAUUGAUGAUACUUCGCUGCAGGACAAGGAAUGCAUCUUGGCAUCCCUCAACAUCAAAUCUAUGCAGUUUGAUGACAGCAUUGGGGUCUUGCAGGCGAAUUCCCAAGGUUUCACCCCUCCAGGAAUGGACAGAUCGUCUCCAGAUAACAGCCCUGUGCAUGGGAUGUUACGCCAACCAUCCAUCACAACUGGAGUCAACAUCCCCAUCAUCACAGAACUAGUGAAUGAUACUAAUGUUCAGUUUUUGGACCAAGAUGAUGAUGAUGAUCCUGAUACAGAACUGUACCUUACUCAGCCCUUUGCCUGUGGGACAGCCUUUGCUGUCAGUGUCUUGGACUCACUCAUGAGUGCGACAUACUUCAAUGACAAUAUCCUCACUCUCAUCCGGACACUGGUGACGGGAGGAGCCACGCCAGAGCUGGAGGCUCUGAUCGCUGAGGAGAAUGCCCUUCGUGGGGGCUACAGCACCCCACAGACGCUGGCCAAUAGGGACCGCUGUCGAGUGGCCCAGUUAGCCCUGCUGGAUGGCCCCUUUGCUGACUUAGGGGAUGGUGGUUGUUAUGGUGAUCUAUUCUGCAAGGCUCUGAAAACAUAUAAUAUGCUUUGUUUUGGAAUUUACCGGCUGAGAGAUGCUCACCUCAGCACCCCCAGCCAAUGUACAAAGAGGUACGUCAUCACCAAUCCCCCCUACGAGUUUGAGCUCGUGCCGACAGAUUUGAUCUUCUGCUUAAUGCAGUUUGACCACAACGCCGGCCAGUCCCGGGCCAGCCUCUCCCAUUCCUCCCACUCCUCCCAGUCCUCCAGCAAGAAGAGCUCUUCCGUCCACUCCAUCCCAUCCACAGCAAACCGACAGAACCGGCCCAAGUCCCGGGAGUCCAGAGACAAACAGAACAGAAAAGAAAUGGUUUACAGAUGAACCGGAUAAUGCCUAUCCCAGAAACAUUCAAAUCAAGCCCAUGAGUACCCACAUGGCUAACCAGAUCAACCAAUAUCAGUCCACAAGCAGCUUGAUUCCACCAAUCAGAGAAGUUGAAGAUGAAUGUUGACUCCCAGGAGACCAGACUUUUUUUUUAAGGCCUGACAAACUUCAUACAUGGUGACGUGACUUUUCUUCCUCUUACAUGCUGAAUCACUGGUGGAGACGUUAGGAUAAAAAAAGAACAAUAAAGUAGAUGGCUCUUU